AUGGUGGGGAGCGGCAUGCAGCGCGGGGACCCGCUGGUGGUGGGGCGCGUGAUCGGCGACGUGGUGGACCCGUUCGUGCGGCGGGUGGCGCUGCGGGUGGGCUACGCGUCCAGGGACGUGGCCAACGGCUGCGAGCUGAGGCCGUCCGCCAUCGCCGACCCGCCGCGCGUCGAGGUCGGCGGCCCGGACAUGCGCACCUUCUACACGCUGGUGAUGGUGGAUCCGGAUGCUCCAAGCCCCAGCGAUCCCAGCCUUAGGGAGUACUUGCACUGGCUGGUCACCGACAUCCCGGGGACGACAGGAGUAUCUUUCGAUGCAUGUCCAGGGACCGAGGUGGUGUGCUACGAGGGCCCGCGGCCGGUGCUCGGGAUCCACCGGCUGGUGUUCCUGCUCUUCCAGCAGCUGGGCCGCCAGACGGUGUACGCGCCGGGGUGGCGGCAGAACUUCAGCACCCGCGACUUUGCCGAGCUCUACAACCUCGGCCUGCCCGUCGCCGCCGUCUACUUCAACUGCCAGAGGGAGACCGGAACCGGCGGGAGGAGGAUGUGA